AUGUCGCAAGUGCGGUACAACCGCAUUUUGGCAUAUCCUUCAUACACCACAAAAGGCUACAUUCCGCCAUCGAGGGGCGGCAGAAAACAGACCGUGUUCAAAAAAUUGAUGGACGAGUUUCUCGGAGACAAGAACUACAAAGGCCAGUACUACGACAAUAGAUUUGCAUUCCUCAAACAAAACCAUUCCACAAACUACAUUGACCCGCGCUUUCGAGACGGCAAGACUAAGCUUUUUGCUGAAGAGUCGGAGGUAGAUGAGGCUGAGGAAGGACGUUCGACUCCUGAAUCUAGAGAUCAGUUGCGUCCAUUUUCCCAGAACAGGUUCACCGUCACCAAUACCAUGGUCAGCGAAGACAUGAAAAACCAACUUGUGAGUGAGGUUCUUGACGAAGGAAAGGCUCUUUUAGAAGUUGCUGUCAAGUACAAGAUGAAAAAUCAAAGAAUUGAGGCAUUGGUCAAACUGCAUCAGAUCGAGAAGCAAUACGAGGAGGAGGGAAAAAUCACCCCAACCAUGGAGAAGUUUGCAGACAUCAUGUUCAAGGCGUUCCCGCUUUUUGACCCCGAGGUUCACGGCGAGAACCUGACAGAGAUUCCGAUUCCGUCAGAGACUUUGCACUCUCGUUUCGUGACGAUUGCCGAGUCUGAGCCAUUUGGCCCUGUGGACGCAGCAAAGGAGUUUGGACUGGAGCCCGCUGCGGAGACUCUCAGAAAGGUCACGGAAGAGGGGGAGCACGCUUUGUCUAUGACAAACAACGCCAAAGUGCACGAGACGUUUAUUGCUCCGAUGCACGAAGGAGAUAGGGUCGCUUACAAGUUCACUGAUGUAAAGGUCGGGGAGGUUGGCUUUAGAUACGGAAAGCCAUACCGAGACAAUCGGAAAGACCGCAAGUAUGCGUUCGAUAAUGCGGGAAAAAAGUAUCCUGUUCUGGAGUGA